GACAUUGAAAAUUUGCCAACAUGGCUACACGAUUGGAAAUAAAUUUCAACCGCCUUCUAGCCAGAUGUGAAACCAUGGCAAAAGACAAAACGUCAUGGGAUUGGAGACUUGAAAAGUUCAUUACUGCUCUCCAAGAUCAACUGAGUGAAUUGAAGAAGUCUCCAUGUCGUCCAAGCCAAGAAACUUUGAAUGACUACAACAAAAAAGUGGACUUUCUGAAGGGAAUAAUAGAAGCAGAAAAAUUGCCAACAACUGCAGAAAAAGCUCUUGCCACAAACAAACUAGCUACAAUUUCUUCGUCAGGGAAAGGUAACUCCGUAAAGUCUAAGGAGCUCCACCUACACACCAAAGCUAGAUACCAGAAAGACAUGCGUAAUGAGCUUCUUGGAAUGGAUGACAUGCAGAAUGGAACUGGAGACAGACAAAAUAAUCCCCAAGAUGAGGAGGAUAUAGAUUCUCUGAUACAACACCAUCAUCAGAUGCAGGAAAGACUUGCCGAUGAAAUGCUGAUGUUGACAAGAAACCUCAAGGAAAGCGUGAGAGAUUCAGGCAGAAUCGUAAAAGAGGAUACAAAGAAAGUUGUGGAGACAAGCAAGCUAGCAGAUGUAAACUAUAACAAACUGGCAGUGGUCACUGAGCAGGUGGAGAAACAUACCAAAGGAUGUGAUUGGUGCAUGUGGAUCAUGCUAGCCGUCGUCAUCAUGCUAUUCCUCUUCAUGAUAAUGUUUAUCAGACUUUUCCCUAAGAAACAUUACAGCUACGAGGAGGAUUUAUGAUUCUGUAGCAGUAUGGGAGUCUGUGUGAGAAUGAUGUGUGUAAUUUAUAGAGAUCUGGUUGAUUAGUGAUAUACUGUUUAAACUAUUUAUUAGUAUUUACAGGUGUUAGUGAGUUAAGUGUUGGAUUCUGAGGUGAUAUUACUGGAUAGAUACAGUGAGUCAGAACAUGUAUACCCUACUUCCAUUGGUUAUAAAUUUUCUUGAUAAAAAUUGAAAAUUUUUGUUUUUUUUCAAUUAAUCAAUAUGGUAUCAAAUUUUCUGUGAUGAAAUGGCAUUUGAGCUGAAAGAAGAUUUAAUUAAUAUGAUUUUUUUUUGGGAAAUAACCCUUUUUUCCAAAGUAUUUCUUUGUUGUAGAAGGAAAUUUAUAGAUAGGAUUCCCACAAAAAAGUGAAUGAAUAUACAUGUACAUUGUAAUUACUCCUUAGGGCUAUUCCAGAAUUGUGUUUGUGAGAGUGAUGAGAGGCACUUGUAUUAAAAGUGGAUGGGUAGUGGUGUGAAGCCCCAUUUUUCUAGUACUGAGUAUUCAUAUAAUAAAUAUGUUCAAUAUAUGAAAAGUGGUGGGGUUAAUGAAAAAAUGCCUCCCACUCCUUCGACAUGGAUAAUUUUAGAAGACCCUUAAUUAUCAGUUUAAGUUUUAAGGUAUUUGUAUAAAAGCAGUGUAUGUAUGAUUAGAACACAAGGAGGGAAUAAAUGGGUGUUAAAUGAGAAUAAUGGUAGCUGUAUACAAAUCUUGUGACAAUACAACAGGGCACAUUAUAUUCGUAUAGACAAAAUAUAACAUGGUGACUAGUCAGACUGUUAGAUAUAAUUCCAUCAAAUGUGAUAAUUCAAUAGUUUGCUAUAGUAAUUCCAUAUUCCCCUUUCUGUAUCCUAAAUUGUUCAUUUAUUUUGUUUGAUAAAUUGAUAAGGACAAAUUGUUCUCCAAUUCAUUAAAAUUUACAUUGAUGUAAAUUUACCAUUAGACAUGGGACAUUAUUUGAUGUGAAUGUUAUAUAACAAAUGACAACCAAUUAUGAGAUGGGGGCUAAUUAUCUCCCUUUACCAAAAAUCUGGGGCCGGUUCAUUUAUGAGGACAAACCAGUUCAUCUGUUUUUAAAUGUAACAUUUCAAGCAUGCAGUAUAUCAUGACGGAUCUGCAGAUGUUAAUGCAGGCCUUGAAAGUCUUUUUCAAGGCUCGUCAGAAAACAACAUAAAACAACCAGGUCCGUCCUUAUUUUAUAAAAGAACAACUUGUUGUUCAACAGGUCCAAUCAUUUGAACUGCAAUCAACAAAAAAUGGCCUUGUUCUUGCAUGUUUCCAGUUUCCUUCCAAUUGAAUUUUGUAGAGAGUUGCUACAGAUAUAUUAUUUCAACAGUUUUAUUUAGUAUAUCAAAAACCCAUGUGAUGUUUCCAAUUUGUGCCUAGUAUCACGGACAUAUUUCGUGCUAGUAUUGAGUAAAGCUACAGUGUGCUGUCAGAAUAAUUGUGCCAUGGACAUUUUGCAUUGAAUAUUUUUUGUCAAAUUAGCAAUGAUUUUGUGUUAUACAUAAAUUAUAUUUUACAAGUUGUAUGCCUAGGCCUAUGUUCAAAGAGGUAAAACACAUCCCUGGGGUGCAGUCUUCACUAUGUCAGCAAUUAACUAUCCAUAAUCCUUACAUGAAGCUGCUACAAGGCCCCCCUGCCUCAUCGAUACUUUUAGGUGUAUUCAUUAAUUGUGUAAUAACAAUGAUUGGUACAUGUAUUUCGUAUUUUGCUAAGGAGACAAAACAUAAGGGACAUAACUCUUGUUGUCUUCCUACCUUUUUGGUAACGGUAAAAAGUUUCCCAAACAUUUGAGAAGACAAUAAGAACAUUAACAACUGUAUUCUGGAUUAGAUGAUUUGAUCAGAAAUGGACAUUCUAAAACAAGACUCAGCUUGGAAUUUAUGUAAGAAAAAAUAAUGCCUAGUUGAAAUGAUAAUCUUUUACAGUGUUUCAUGUGAUGUGCGGUGCUGUACAGAAUGCUUCUAUUUAUAUUGUUGAUAAUUAGGAGUUAUGAAUAUUACAGGGGCAUUCCUUCGUUUGAAUGAGGUUUAGUUGGUCAAAAUUAAACUUACUGGAAAACAUGUAUCUUUUCCAAGUGGCAAAAGUUAUAAUCUUAACAUUUAUAAGGCAGUUUUACUCUCAAGUUAACCAAAGUUCUUAAGAGUUUUAAGUCCUGAUAAUUCUUAAUUCGCCCUGAAGUAUCAUUAAUUACCGCAAAGACAUACAGUAUUUGUAUAUGAUACGUCUUUUUCCUGUACAUUUCGGCAUUGAUUCAUUAUACAUAGGCAUAAACACUCAUUUAAUCAUUGUUUGGACAUAGUUUUCAUCAAUGAAAAUUGUGCAUGUUUCUGAUGUCCAAACGAAGGAAUUUCCCUUUAACUUAAAAUGUAUGGAUUAUUGCAAGAAAAUGAAUUGUUAGAUAAGUUUUCAUCAUGAAUUGUUAAUUUUGAUAAUUUUUCAUCUUUCAUUCUAACACAUCAGGAGUGAAACAAUGUUUUUAGUUUACCUGUCAAAACAACACAUGUACUAGUACUAUAGUGAGGCCUGUAUUGUCAGGCUUCAACAUCCCCUCAGACCAAUGCUUAAUAACCAAGAGGGCCAGGGACACAAUGUUAGGUACAUAAUAUCACACCAAAAAGGGCUGGCCUAAGUUUGGUCAAAAGGACGACUUUAAUUUACCUCAAUGUAACAGGGGUCACAUUUGAUAAAAUCAUUUCCAAAUUAUUCAUUUGUCUUAACCAAAUUCCCAGGGCUAUGAUAUUUGACAUUUGAAUAUUACGGAAAAUACAAUUGUAAAUGGAAUAAACUACAGUUCCACAUCCAUAUUUUCAGUCAACUUUGAAAUUCAUAUGAUUUAAAUCAUCCAACGAAGUCUUGGCUUUGUCAGCUGUAAAACAGGUGAGCAAUACAGGCCAUUUGGGUCUGUUGUUUGGGUCAACCGGUGUGGAUACAUAGUAGCUGCCUCUUCAGAGGCGGGGGCUGCGGUGGCUGAGUGGUUAAGGUGUCCCGACACUUUAUCACUAGCCCUCCACCUCUGGGUUGCGAGUUCGAAACCUACGUGGGGCAGUUGCCAGGUACCGACGUAGGCCUGUGGUUUUUUUCAGGGUGCUCCGGCUUUCCUCCACCUCCAAAACCUGACACAUCCUUAAAUGACCCUGGCUGUUAAUAGGACGUUAAACAAAAACAAACAAAUCUUCAGAGGCCCAUGUCAUCUGUAUCCCUUUAAUUACUCCAAAACUCACAACAGGGGAUAGAUUUAAAUCCCUUGCUCCAUUCUUUUUCACUACCAAGUUUUAGGCCUUAUUUAAAUUAUUAACUUUUUACCUAAAAAUCUGUCUUGAUAACCUCAUGAAAGUCGUCACCAUCUACUGGGCAUUUGAUAAUGUAUCGGCAUAAGUAGAAGGAAUGAUCUGUCUCGAUCUCAUUCUGCUCAUCAUAACUAGACCUAUGAUAUGUACUGGUACUGCCCCCUCCCCCUCUCCCCCUCCCCCCCUCCCCCUCUCCCCGUGACUUGUGUUGAUUACUCCUUAUUUUGUUAAUCAUUUGAACAACGGCUAUGUUUAUCUAACCAACAAUUGUGUGGAUAAUUUCUUAUUUCGUAAAUAGUUUUAAACAGUGUCUGUAGAGUACGGUUUGAUAACAUAAAAUAAUUAUCUAGAAACAGUGAUAUCUGUCAAACUGGAUCAGUUAGGAUCACCAUCUUAAGUAAUCCUGUCAUGUACUUUUAUUUCCAUAUAUUCAGAUUCUCUAAAGAAAAUUGAUAAUGAGGAACAUACAUCGCGACAUAAUUUGAUCUUCCUCAGAACUUCCCCUUAAUAUAAUGGAAAUUAAUGGAAAUUGAGCCGAGACAACUCUCAUUGGAAUUGCGUCAUAAUAAAGUAGUUUACUGCCAGCAUAGGCCAUACACUGUGACCGGACAGUGCAUAUAGUACUGAUAUUAUAGGGUAGUGGUCAGAUAUUUCACAGCUGGUGUUAUAUGGUAGUGGUCAGAUAUUUCACGACUGGUGUUAUAUGGUAGUGGUCAGAUAUUUCACGGCCGGUGUUUUAUGGUAGUGGUCAGAUAUUUCACGACUGGUGUUAUAUGGCAGUGGUCAGAUAUUUCACGGCUGGUGUUUUAUGGUAGUGGUCAGAUAUUUCACGGCUGGUGUUAUAUGGUAGUGGUCAGAUAUUUCACGACUGGUGUUAUAUGGCAGUGGUCAGAUAUUUCACGGCUGGUGUUUUAUGGUAGUGGUCAGAUAUUUCACGGCUGGUGUUAUAUGGUAGUGGUCAGAUAUUUCACGGCUGCUGUUAUAUGGUAGUGGUCAGAUAUUUCACGGCUGCUGUUAUAUGGUAGUGGUCAGAUAUUUCACGGCUGGUGUUUUAUGGUAGUGGUCAGAUAUUUCACGGCUGCUGUUAUAUGGUAGUGGUCAGAUAUUUCACGGCUGGUGUUUUAUGGUAGUGGUCAGAUAUUUCACGGCUGCUGUUAUAUGGUAGUGGUAAGAUAUUUCACGGCUGGUGUUUUAUGGUAGUGGUCCGAUAUUUCACGGCUGCUGUUAUAUGGUAGUGGUCAGAUAUUUCACGGCUGGUGUUUUAUGGUAGUGGUCAGAUAUUUCACGGCUGCUGUUAUAUGGUAGUGGUCAGAUAUUUCACGGCUGGUGUUUUAUGGUAGUGGUCAGAUAUUUCACGGCUGGUGUUAUAUGGCAGUGGUCAGAUAUUUCACGGCUGGUGUUUUAUGGUAGUGGUCAGAUAUUUCACGGCUGGUGUUAUAUGGUAGUGGUCAAAUAUUUCACGGCUGGUGUGUUAUGGUAGUGGUCGGAUAUUUGACGGCUGCUGUUAUACAUGUAUGGUAGUUGUCAGAUAUUUCACGGCUGGUAUUAAAGGGUAGUGGUCAGAUAUUUCUGGACAUAUGCUAUAAUUUAGAUACAGAGUGAUAAGAUAGCUACUGUAUAACAUCGUUGACUGUAGAAAAUGCAAAACGGGAAAGGGAACAACCGCAACAAUAUCACCACGAAUGAAAUAUAUUUGCGCGCGAGAUAGCAUUACUGUAGAGGAAACUAAGAGUUCAGAUUGUACUCAGCAGGGAGAGAAAUUAAAUAGGUUUAUAUAUAAAAAUAUACACUUGAUUGAUAUAUCUUAACGUCUUAUAACACAGCAUGGGGCUGAUGUCCCCUGUUAAGGGUUCAGUAAAGAAAAUCGAGUGAAGCAUCUGGUAGUAUUAGACCAUGUCUUUCCUAUUAGGGACCAUCCCCAGUUGUUCACAGGGACUUGGGAAUUUAGGUGUAGUUGACCUAACUUAGUGUGCAUAGCAUAUUUUCAGCAGUUUUAGGGAGCUACAUUAUCAGUCGGUAAAGUAACACCCCCUGUGUUUAUAAACAUCUGACUUGGAUAGUAGCAAAAAAGAUGUUAAACACGCUUGGAUAGGUCGAAUUACCUAGACUGUGACAAAAACUUCGUGUGCCUGUGUUGUUGAUUGUUAUGAGUGUAAAUAAUCCGCGAUGUUCAUGUUUUCCCCCAGCAGGUAUUGCCCUGCCCUGGACCUGAAAAAUCACCAUUAAUAAAUAUCGGGGCUCUGGGUUCUUUAAAAGCAGGAUGUAGAUGUUAUAUAAUUGAAGUAUGAUGGAUGUUCAUAAUCACAUCAUGCAAAAAAUGUCUGCUCCUAUCAGUUUUAAUACAUUUUUUUUCUUUCCUCUUAUUUCAAAAGUUCGUAUAUCACAUUUGCCAAGUGUUUGUAGUGAUUCAUGUUUCUCAAAGAAAUGACAUGUAAAAAGUGCCGGCAUCCAUUACAAACAGCUGAUAGGAGGGCAGAGGAGGAACUAUACGAUAUGUUAAGUUUGUCUUCAAAGCAGAAAAAAAAUUAACUCGAUGUUGAUUGAAAAAUACAUCAUGAUAACAAAAAAUCCCUCAUGGAAAUGUGAUUUUAAUUUGGCGUAUUUUUUGUUUUUGUAGAUAUAGUGAUGCAUUAUGGUGCCGAAACGUGUAUGUGACGCCGUUUGUUAUUUGUUGAGUUGUAACCGUCUUUAGUGUUGCUGUUUUUGAUUGGUCGACUGAGACUAGCUGCAAUGUUGUUAGCCUUUACGUGCAAUAAUAAAGUAUAAUGGACGCUGUCA